CGUGUGUGCUUGUUACACCUGUUUUCCUCGCCGCUGUGUUCAAAGCAGAGCAAGACGUGCAGAGGCAUUUCCGAUCGUCCCUGCCUUCUUUUCACCCCACAAGCUCCCUUUGAUUACUUCUCGUAGAGUGGACACAUCAUGGCCAUUCUACGAGUCGCGCCCACUCGGGCUCAGCAGGCCUUGAACCUGCUGCGGGCGGUCAAUGCUGGGGCCAAUGCCUGCCCAUGCCAUUCGCACACUCCUGGAGCUCACACCCACGGCCCUGCUCCCAUCAUCAACCCAUUCGCCGGACGGGUGAGGUCUCUCGCCACGCCAGUCGACCACAGCCGACAGAAGGAAUAUGCCUUCGAGGUCGCCGCCUCCAGUGUCCGAUUCGGUCCUGGCUGCACCAAGGAGGUUGGCAUGGAUGUGAAGAACCUUGAGGCCAAGCGCGUCAUGGUCGUCACCGACAAGACCGUCUCCAAGCUCGAUGCUAUGAAGCAGGUCAUUGAGGGUCUGGAGCGCGAGGGCGUCGAGUACAACGUCUACGACCAAGUUCGCGUCGAGCCCAAGGAUUCAUCUAUUCAAGAAGCCAUUGCCUACGCCCGUCCUUACCAACCAGAUCUCUUCCUGGCCGUCGGCGGUGGCAGUGUCAUUGACACCGCCAAGCUCAUGAACCUCUACGUUUCGUUCCCAGAGGCCGAGUUCCUCGACUUCGUCAAUGCUCCCAUCGGAAAAGGCAAACCAAUCCCCGGCAAGCUCAAGCCGCUGAUCGCCGUCCCGACCACCGCAGGUACCGGUUCCGAAACCACCGGCACUGCCAUCUUUGACCUUGUGUCUCGCAAGGCCAAGACCGGUAUCGCCCACCGAAACCUCAAGCCAACCCUCGGCAUCUGCGACCCGAUCAACACGCGCACCAUGCCGUCCGCCGUCCACGCCGCCUCCGGCCUCGACGUGCUCUGCCACAGUCUCGAAUCCUGGACCGCCGUGCCCUACUACGAACGUGUCCCGCGCCCGAGAAACCCCAUCGAGCGUCCCGCCUACCAAGGCUCCAACCCCAUCUCCGACAUCUUCUCCCUGCAAUCCCUGCGCUCCACCGUCAAGUAUCUCCCGCGUGCGGUCAAGGACCCCGAUGACUGGGAGGCGCAGUCCAACAUGUUGCUCGCCGCGACCCUCGCGGGAGUGGGUUUCGGCAACGCCGGUGUGCAUCUCUGCCACGGCAUGUCCUACCCCAUCUCCAGCCAGAACCCGGGCUACAAGCACGCCGGCUACGUGACUAACGUGCCGAUCAUCCCGCACGGUGUCUCCGUCGCCGUGACCGCGCCCGCCGUCUUCAAAUUCACCGCCUCGUACAACCCCGAGCGCCACUUGGCCGCGGCCGAGUGCUUCGGCGUGGACAUCUCGCAGGUGAAGAAGGAGAGCGCCGGAGAGGUCCUCUCCGAGGCUCUGGCGCGCUUCCUGAGCGACCUGGGCGACCAGCCCAGCGGUCUCAAGGCCAUGGGUUUCACCAAGGACCACCUUGAUACCCUGGUGAACGGCACCAUGCCGCAGCACCGUGUGUUGCAGCUUGUGCCUAACUUGGACAACAGCGGUGGCGAGGAGCAGAGGCAGCAGUUGCGGACGCUCUUCGAGGAGGCGAUGGAACAUUAAACGAGUAGUCUUCUCGCAGACCAAGGCGGAUGUCCCAUUAUCUUCUGUCCAUCAGGUGGCCGUUCCCUCAAAGCAUAUUUCGCGACGCCAGGGCGUAGCCAUAUCGUUCAUUUAGGACCAUUGCAUCUCUCAUAGUGUUCAAAUCUGUUUUUACAACUCUGCAGCUGUGAUAUGAAUACAAUUUCCUCGCACCUGGCUUGUCUCUGCAGCGACGGAGAAAUCCGUGGCUAAACUGCAAGCUGACACUACGAGAACUCACGCAUAUUGGGAUGACGCUCCAUCACUACAUGGCAUAGAUGUGCACUGUUUAGUUCUCAUUAAAAUGAACGACUUCGCCAGAAUGCGAUUGAUCGUUUCUCGUAUCGAUCAUUAGAAAAGCUUCACUGAGUGGGACAACCGCCUGUACAACGCCGAAACGCCACUCGACGACCAGAACUUCGCAGCCAGCCGCUCGUAAUCCUCAUAAAGGCGGUGACUGUGAACGA